AUGGCUUGCUCUCGCGAUGGCGACGGCGACCCACCCCCGCCUGCGGCGCUGGUUCCCCCCGCCGUCCCCUCCGACCCCGUCGCCGCUCCGGCUUCCGCGCCCCCUCCCCCGCUGCCGGCGCCGCCCGCGGCGGCCGUGCCGCCGCUCCCUCCGCUCUCCCCUGCCCCUACACAUCGCGUCCGGUGGGCGGACCUCGCUGACGAGGAUCCGCUGCCCUCCCCCGCCGGGCACCCCUCCCCCUCUCCCGCCGCUCCCCGUCGCACUGCCCAGCCCGGCCGGACCGGUGGCUCAGCCCCCCAGGUGAGGGAUUCUGCCGCCGGCUCGUGGCUCGUGCGGUCGCCGACGCCGCCCUCGAGUUCAACUCGGGCCGCGGGAAUGCAAGGCGUGGCCUUGAGGAACGGGGGUGGUCGCCGCCGGCGCGACCGCUCUUGGGGCGUGGCUGGCCGAUCCGACCGCGGCUCCAGCCGCGCGUCAUGGCGCCGCCCGUUGGCUGCUCUGCGCCCGGUGACUGCUCUGGCGUCGCCGGCGACGCGCGCAGGUCCGGCUCCCAUGGCCCCGGCUGCUCGCUCCUCCCCUUUUCGCCCGUUCAUCGCCACCUUCGGGUCCUUCUCGCUGCGUUUCCGAGCCUCCAUCCCAUGCGUCGUCCCUGGUUGCCCCUCACCGGCGGCGUGUCGGUGGCGGUGGCGCCUCCUGCUAGUCGUGGGGAAACCCUCCGGGUUUCUCCCCCCCCCCCCCCCGCCGCCGCCUCCUGGGCCGCUCAUCACCCGAUCGGGGCAUUCUGGGCCGCGGUCAGGCCCAUCAGCCGCUCGCGCUUGCUGGGCCCGCCUCGCCCCGGCUGGGCCGGCCCGCGGUGGCUGGGCCGCCCCUGUGCCCUAG